UAAUGUUAAAGUUAUAUAAUUUACAGGUUAAGGAAAGAGUGUCUGUACAUCUGGGUAUAGUGCUUAAAUUGUCCAAAAGUACAAAGUUUGAUUUAAAAGUCAUACAAUACAUAUACUACAUAACUUGCAAUAACCUAAAUUUAGGUUAUUAAACUUAACUAUACAGUUUAGACAUUAGCAUCCAAAUAUUUGGGUAUAUCACUCAUGAAAGGUUAUACAAAGAGUAGCUUGUGGAAAACAAAUAUAGCAAUGAGUGCAGUUUGUCCGUCAGUAAUUGAGCCUAACAUUUAGGAUAGGUUGUCCUUCAGUAGCUACAAUCCAUUAGAGAAAUAUUCCAGUUAUUUUCUCGACUUUGCUUCUCAACGAUACUUCAGCUCAUCUCUCCUGGUAUUGCUGAUGUCCCCUGAUGUGUUCUAAAUAGAUGUCCCUCAACCACCUGAUGGCAUCUGAUACCAUGAGUUGCUACACUGAGAAAUCAUGCUGUUAAAAAAUAGAAUACCAAUUUACAUUUAUUAUAAAUAUUUGUGGAUGUUUUUCUACAUUUUCAAAUAUAUUGAUUUCAACUGCAACACAAAAUACAAAGUGUACAGUGCUCAAUUUAUAUUAUUAUAAAUAUUUGCACUGUAAAAAAGAUAAAAGAAACAGUAUUUUUCAAUUCACCUCAUGCAAGUACUAUAGUGCUAUCUCUUUAUUGUGAAAGUACAAUUUACAAAUGUAAAUUUUUUUUUCACAUAGCUGCACUCAAAAACAAAACAAUGCAAAACUUUAGAGCCUACAAGUGCAGUCAGUCCUACUUCUUGUUCAGCCAAUCACUAAGACAAACAAGUUUGUUUACAUUUACAGGAGAUAUGCUGCCCGCUUAUUUACAAUGUCAUCUAAAAGUGUAAACAGGCAUUCACAUGGCACUGUUGUGGCAGGCAUUGCAAGGUAUUUACAUACCAGAUAUGCUAAAUGUUCGUAUACCCCUUCAUGCUUUGACCACCAUUCCAGAGGACAUGCUUCCAUGCUGAAUUUAAUUUGGCGUUCUAUUAUUAACAGUAGGAUUAAAACUGCUAUUAAUAGCAACUAUCUUUUAAUCUUGCAAUUGAGGGUUUUUUUAAUCGUUUGAUAGCCCUAAUAUUUAUUCUUGCCUCCUUGUUUUCUUUUUUAAAGUGGCUGGAAAUACAUCAUUAGACAAAUUAAACUCAGGAUUUUUUCAUUAUACUGAAGUUUCCUUUGCGAAGGGGCUUCAUUCAGUUACAAUAGGCUUUUCAGAUCAUAUCCCAUUAAGGGAUUAGAGAAAACUUUUGAAAUGUCAUGUGAGAACAAGAGCAAUUCAUGUUGAUUUAUAGAGAAUGCAAGGAUAUAAUCGUAUGACUCUCAGCUGAAGAUCCUAGUGACUAUCUUGGCUGUAACUGAUUCUGUAUGCCUGAAGCCUUGGAGAAAACAAUCUAAUCUUUUAUUUCUAUAACCAGAUUUCUGGCACAAAAGAAAAAGCUUUAAAAGCCAGAGGAGAGAAAACAUACUAUGGACAUAUGAAGAUGUUUUAGGUUCUCUAAGUGUCAGUAAAGCAAUUAUAAAGCCAUCCAAAGGUAAAUUAAAUGUAUUUUAGAGGUACUUGUAAAUAUUUAUUUGCUGAGUACACAAGAGAUAGAAUGUGCCUAACAAAGAAAAGAAUGACUGCACUGAAAAACUUGCCAUUUCUUUGCUUUUAAGUUCUAAAAUUCUCAUCUGUGCUCCUCAUUGUCCAGACCUCAGAGUCUAAAGAAAAGUUGGGCUUUUGGAGUGUUUAAUUCAUCAAUGAGCAGAUACAGAAUACUUUAUUUCUACUCUAUUUUAUCCACAAAUAUUUUUGCCUUUCAGUAAAGAUAAAAUAAACAGCCAGUUUCACACGUGAUUCCACUUUUUGAACUCCAGCUAAAAGACCUGUGUCUCCACACCUUCAUUCAGCAUCAACAUCUCAGUUUGUUUCAAAAACACUAUUUCCAACUCUGGUGCCUGUCUCUCCCAACCCUGCCUCAGACAUAUCAAAAGUCCUUUUGUGUUUGGCCUAUCACUCAGAAGUAUGUCUCUCUACAUCUGCCUCAGCAAGGGGCCAGAUAGAUGUGUACCUGUCAAGACACAGAUAAGCACGCACUGACAGAUGUGCUAACAGAGAGAUAUACACCCGCGGCCCAGGCUGUGAUAUGCACACUAUAACACCCACACAAAUGCGGACACUAAUAGCUGUGCAAGCACACUGGUGCGCACACAGAUAUCCAAACACUGGCAUGCACGUUGACACAAGCGAGGGCACUGAUAUGCACAGUAGCACAUGCAGAUGUAGAGCCACACACGAUGUGUGUACUAGCCGUUGGGCGCGCACGCUCACACGGACACGCACUGCUAACGCACAUGCACGCGUCACGGAUACAGCCACAGAAGUGUGGACCCCCUAGGUGAGCACGUCGGGACGCACAUAUCUACCCGCCCUAGGCCGGCGCUCGUUUGGGCUCCAACGCAGAUGCUGCCCCUUUGGGAAGCACCGGCCGGCGUUGCAGGCGCUGACGCCUCUCCCCACCUGACCCGGACUGGGCGGUGCAUGUUGCGGAAGGGGCAGUCUCCCCUGCUCUCUCAGGCUGUGCGGGGGAGUCGGUGGCUGGGGGUCCCCGGGCUGCAGCCUGCCUGGGGCCGUGGAAUGCGGCUUGGUUGCGGUGCCCCGCUCAGGAGGGCACCAUGGUGCAGCUCUACAACCUGCACCCGUUCGGCUCGCAGCAGGUGGUGCCCAGCAAGCAGGAGCCGGUGCGGUUCUGCUGCGGCCGGGAUGCGCUGCUGGUGGCCUGCGCGGGGGCCGGCUGCAAGGUAGAGGCGUUUGCCGUGGGCGACCAGGAGCUCUGCGAGCCGCUCGGCUGUUUCAACACGCUGGGCCGGGUGCUGCACAUGGCAUACAGCGAGGCGGGAGAUUAUUUGGUGACAAUUGAGGAGAAAAACAAGGCCACUUUCCUACGAGCUUAUAUGAAUUGGAGAUGCAUGUCAACAGGGAACACUCGAGUUUGUGUCCGGAUGGUGGGUCACAAGAUGGAAGAGUCAUACAGUGAAUUUUCUAAAGUCCAGAUGUCAAUUGUGGAAAUGCCUCUUUCAGAUUCACCAUUGUGCAUUUCGUGUUGUCCUGUAAAUGGAGAUCUUCUUGUUGGCUGCAAAAAUAAACUGGUCAUGUUCUGCUUGAAAUAUCAUGUCAUAAAUCAGGAUCAGACAGUAUUGGAUUUUGAACUCUCCUUAAUUUUGCACAUCGAUAACGUCACCCCUACAGAAGUAGCAUUUUGUGCUGGGUACGUAGCUCUAACAACAGAGUUGGAUGUUUUAAUCCUGAAGCUGGAACCCGUUCAUAAAGGUGCAGAUAAUACAGAACUAUGUGCAGAUAAAGUCAGAGCACCAGAAAAGCUUGUAGAUGAAGGUGUAAAAGAUGAAGUUCCUUCAGCCUUUUCUUCCCAGCUUGAAUCGGAUGACUUUGUCAUCUGUCAGAAGCCUGUGGAACUACUUGGGGAGGAAAGCAGACUAUGUGGAGUACUGGUAACACUGGAAUCAACAGGGUUAGCUAAGGAAGACACAGAAUAUUUGCAAGUGCGGUACCUUCUAUACAGACGUUUUACUCCAGAUCUGUCAUCUUUCGUCUUCUCUAUUGAAGAGUCCAAGUUGCACUCUCUUCAGCUACUGCCUAUGUAUCAGACAGGAAGUUCCAAGGCAGUCAAUGGAAAAACUGCAGCCAAGAAAGAAUUGCUGAGUGUCUUCUGUUUUUUCUCCUUGCCGCACGUUGGGUAUCUCUAUGCCAUUGGGAGCUUUGUAGAGCUGCUUUCUACCUAUCAGUACUCGGAAAAAUCUCAGCAGGCAGUUCUUACCUCACAAUUCCUACAUGUUAUUACAAGUAACAGCUUGCAGUGUUUCACAGUACGAUGCAGUGCAGCAGCAGCUCGUGAGGAGGACCCAUACAUUGAUACAACUAUGAAGGCUUGCCCACCUGUGUCUCUAGAUGUCUGUGCAUUAAGAAUGCAGCUUUUUAUAGGGCUGAAAGCUAUUUGUCACUUCAACAACCAUGUAAUUCUUCUGACUAAGGCAGAUAGUGAAGAUAUUACUGAAAGAAGAAAGCCUCCAAGAAGGGUCCUUUCCAGAAAGGCUGACAGUGUCAAACUCAAGACUCCACCCGAGUCUGAACCUGGCUGGAAUUUGUAUAUUGUGAACACUAUUUCAACCAUUCAGCUUUAUAAAGAAAUGGUAGACUACAGUAAGACAUAUGAAAAUGUAAGAACAGAGAGUUGCAUCCAUCUUCUAAGUGAGGCUCACUUGUUAGUCAGAGCAGCUCUAAUGGACCCCAGUCUGACAGAAUCAGAAGAGAAAGAGAAGCUCCUGGCAGCAUUCAGAGAAAGUUGUGCUCACCUAGGAGACUGUUACAGCAGAUUUGACACAAAGGAUUCCCAUCUUGCCCUGCCUUACUACAAGAUGUCUGGCUUAUCCAUAACUGAAGUUUUGAAGAGAACAGACUCAGUGGUAGAGGGUGGAACACAGAAAUAUGAAAAAGGAUUUAUGUUUUACUUAAAUCAUUCUCUUUAUGAAGAUUUAAAUGAAGAGUUAAGCAAAGAAUCAGCAGCCAAAGUGCUCCAAAUAUUCUAUCUUGCUGAACCAAACCAGCUGCCCCAUGUGCUCUGCAGUCCCUGCAUAAAGAAUGUAUGUCCCUUGAUGGCAAUGGAGCUUUUGCAGAAAGUGGAACUGAUUGUGCCAACAGUGGUAUUGACGCUAACCAAAGCUGCCAUGGCUCUGAAAAUGGGAGAUCUAGAGUCAUAUAAAAAUGAGAUGGACAGUUAUACAGAGAUGAGACUGGCAUAUGGCUUUAUUGGGGAACCAAGACUUCUGAGGCAGCAGAGAGAAGGACGGAUUGUUCCAACCGAACUUGCUGUUUACGUGAAGGAGACGCGGCCUGGGUUGCUGGUGGCUUCAAUGUUGGCUUUACAUGAGAACAGUAAAGUUGAAUUGGAAGAAGCAGACUCUUUCUUUGAGAUGCUUUGUGGAAAGAAUGAAGGUACUACCCCUCAGCUCUUAGUAGACUUCUGGGAAGCCCUCCUUGUAGCAGGCUCUGAGAAAGAAAUACUCCAGGAGGUCUUAUUCAAGCUUACUUCACAGUACAUUUGGAGAUUAUCGAGGAAGCAGCUUCCUGAUACCAAACCACUGAAAACAACAGAGGAUCUGAUAAACUCCUGUAAUCAUUAUGGGUUAAUUUUCCCUUGGGUAACCUUCAUAAUGUCAUUGGGACCUGCAUGUGAUAAGUAUCCUGAAGAUCUUUCAAAACUACAGUCUCUUUUAUGUGGUCCAUCAAUCGACAUAGCUUCAGUUCUGCCGUUCUUGGAACCAUUAUCAGAAGACAGUAAUGCUGGUCUCAGUGUCCAUGUUCUUUGCACUACGGGAGUAGGAGAGUAUGAGAAAUCCAUUGACAAGCUCCUAGAGAAGUGUCCUGAAGCACUCAUACCAUAUGCCCAGCAUGAGCUGAAAGAUGAAAAUCGGGCUCUGUGGUGGAACAAACUGCUUCCUGAACUUUGUAAACGAACCAGAUAUGUUGGGGAUGACUACUCUAUUCUCAUCUCAUCACUGAAAGAAACUUUAUCAGUUGUUGCCAUGGAACUGGAACUAAGGGAUUUCCUUAAUGUUCUACCAGAGGAUGGGACUGCAGCAUUUUUCCUGCCACAUCUACUUCAGUGCAGCAAAAGGAAAUUGGUGACUUAAACACAAUGAAAAUUGUGGACUUGAAAGCACUGGAAUAAAUAGGCAAACCUAAAUGGUGGAAUUGUACAUGGAGUAUUGUGGGAGUCCAUCUACUUGCAAACUACCUGGGUAUAUUGUAAAAACUGGCCUCUCUUGGUUGUAGCCUUAUAUUGUAUAAUACGAAGACAAUCACCACUUAAGGUAGAGUAUAAAUUUUGUAAAUGAAAAAAUGUCACUGAUACUGGCAAAUCAAAAGAAUCCCUGUUUAUCCUAUGGAACUGAAUAUUUUAUUAUUCAGCCAAAUAGUUGAUGAAGUUCAGACAUUUCCUGAGUGAGAAUGUAUAUUCUUAAUGGAGAAAAAUAUAGCCAGAAGGAAUAUUGUACGACUUAAAGUUGCACAAAAUUCUAUCCCACUGUAGUGUUCAUUUAAAAGGUGAAGCAGGGAAUGGAAGCUGUCACUCCUGGAUCCCAUGUCUUCAGCUAGUUAGGCCCCAAUCCACAAAAUACAUAAGCUCAUGGGUGUCUUUAAGCAUACGCAUAGUCUUAUUGACUUGUUCUUCUAACUGGAAUUUUUGGAGACUUGUCAUGGACUUAUAGAUAUGCACAUGCUUGAGUAGUUCAAUUGAAUUCAGGUUGGAAGAACCUGAAUUAAGGGGACUGCUUGCAUGCUUAGAGUUCUGCACAUGGACAAGACUUUGCUGGAUCAAGUCUUAUUCAUCAAAUGUGUAGAAAGCGAUUCCCAAGAGAAACAACUAUCUUUCUGUAAAUAAGUCACAGAUGUUUUCUGCUGUUCAUUUCCCCUUCUCCCAUCACUAUAUUCAGUCUCUAAUGGACAACAAGCAUGUUCACCUCUGGUUCACUUCUUUCCAGCUACAUUAUUUUCUAGAUGGACCACCAAACUAGCUGUCUUAUGUCUUUGAUUUUACCAUGUAUUUUGAAAAGGGGUUUCUCAAUUACAGAGUCAUUUUUUCCCCUCUGUUCUGACUCGAAAUGCCUUCUUGGUCUUUCAACUGCAAUACAAUUGGAAAAAAAAUUACUGUCAUGAUGAUUGUAUGAACAGUGAUAAUUAAGGUUGAGUAUUUCAUUUUCAUUGUAUUAAACCGUUUUCCAAUAUUCAACGGUAAGAGAAGAGUUCUUUUAUAGAUGUUACUAACAACUCUAUUCUAAACAGCUGUGAGCUAAUUGCAGUCAGACUAUCACAAUAAGGAUCAACCAUCUGAGAAUCUAAUUAGCUGACUAAUUUCAUAUUGUAGUAGAGAGAGCCUGGAGCGCUGGGCCUGGUGCAAGAUUUGAGGCCUAACUCAGAAGCUGUGAACCAGUCAGGCCACAUAUUAAAGCAGAUGCUUACAAGUCCACCGUCCAGUACAUGAACUUGGCAAAGUUUUUGCUAGUGUACUAGACAGAAUGGCUAGGGACAGACCUGGCUGUGAAAGAUACGUCUGUCAGGAGUGUGGAUUUUUCACAAUCUUAAGAGAUGUAGCUAUGAUGACCUAAUCCCUGGUGUAGACAAUGAUAGGCCAAUGGAAGAAUUCUUCUGUUAAUCUGCCUCCCCAAAAUGUGGUAGCUAGGUCAACUACGGCAACGGGAGAACCUCUCCUGUUACUGGAGUGAGUGAGUAUUUAUAUUGAAGCACUACAGUGGUGCAGCUGUGCCACUGUAGUGUUUUAAGUGCUGGUGUACCCUUAGACUCCCAAACCGCCGUUAGGAAGUAUCCUCCAGAUUCUAAAUUCUUAAUUUAGGGCUUGUCUACAUGAAACACUUCACUGCAGACACUCACUGCAGCAAUGGGAGGGGCUCUCCAGUUGGCCUAGGUAAUCCACCUUCCCGCGAGGCAGUAUCUAAGUCGACAGAGGAAUUCUUCCAUCAACCUAGCCGUCUUCAUAAAGGGUUAGGUCAAUUUAACUACAUCUGGCGGGUGUGUGGAUUUUUUCCCAGUCACGUUAGCUGGGUCGACCUAACUUUUGAAUGGGACCCAAUCCAGUAGGUGCCCUCUGAGUAUGCCUGACAGAUCUGGUCCUGCUCGUGAUUUCAAUAGCUGAAUGCCUUUCUUCCCUGGAUGUGUGGAUAGCUCUGGGGCUUAGGUAGGAGAUAGGCACAUGGAUGCCUAGAGGGAGGCAGCAUCGCUCAUACCCAAAGGCAGAAAGUUAGGCACCCAGGGACCUUUUACCUUGGAAAAACUUAGGUGCUGAGUGAGUUUAGGCACCUUCAGUGUUGGAUGGGUAUUUUGUGGGUCAGAGUGGAACCAAAACUGGGAGUUAAGUACUUCUGUGGAUCCCACCUCACCUGCUUCAUCAAUUCAUUUCCAAUUAUGCCUAAGACACCCGUGACUCUUGAACUCUGAUAAAAGCAGCUGGGACGGAACUCUAUGAAAUAGAUUUUAUGUUUUAAUUCGUAGUCACACAGUGUGGUGGGUGUUCACCCACACCAGGCCCUGAAGGGGUUAAGAUGGCUAGUUUGGCCAAUUAAUUGCCUAACCUGCACCUGGAGGAGAAGCCAGGUGAAGCUCAGCUGGACAAGAACAGCCAGGGCUUGUAUAAAGCCAGGUAGCUGAAAAAAAUGGGACUGCAAGGAGGAGGGCUGCAGUCUCUCUGAGGUUAGGAGAGAGGGGAGUUUGGCCCCAAGAGAAGGGCAUACCUGGAGAAAGAGCCUGAGAAAGGCAUUUUAGGAAUCCAUGGUCAAUUAUACAGGAGGGUUUUUUAUUAAUGCAAAGAGUAAUUUAUAGGCUAGGUAUUCACAGAGCUGUUCCAAACUAUGAUCCAUGUGUUACCAGGGUUCUUCUUGUGGGCCAAAUGAUGCCUUUUGGGAACCAAGUUGAGAAAGGAAGUGGUCCAGAUGUUCUUUCUUAAGAAGUGUUUCAUCAAGUAAAGACUUUGGAGAAUCCUUGUGAUGAGCUAAUUCCUUCAUUCUGUUCUGGCUCUUGUGAUUUUAUGUGUGAACUGCUCAAACAUCCUUGGGAACAAAGACUGUUGCUCUGCAAAGGGGAAAAGUGUUUCUGUAAAACCUCAUAUCAAUGCAACAAACUAUUUUUUGUGUGUAAGAUAAGUAACAACGAUUUUUCUCAGUGCACCCAUUUUCGGGAGAAGUUAAGAUCCAAUCCAAAACCCCACAUUAAAAUGCUGGGAGUUCAGACUGGAUUGUAUGUUUAUGACUUGAGUCAAUCUCCGUAUCAUUAUGAGGGAUCCAUUUUACUACAUAGGUGUGUAGGGUAAAAUCUGUUUUACAUAUCUCACAGUAUAUUGUGUAAAUCAACUUUUACUUUCUGUACAAGUCUGGUAUAAGCUAUACUUGUACUCUGUUUUCUAAACAAGAUUUACUUACAAAAGUUAGAUGCAUUUUCUGGUAUUCAUGCUAAAUCAUGUAUACUUUUAAAUAUAGAUCAAGGGUUAAAGAUGCUUUAUUACCCA